AUGCUCCCGCACCUCACGAUCCCUAAAGUCAUCGUUGGUCUACUCAUCUUCCGAAUCAUCUACAAUGCUGUCAACUACAUUCUUGAGACAAAACGUCUCCACCGCCUCGGCGGCACGCGCGCCGCCAUUCGUACGACGUAUCUCCCCUUCGGGAUCGACUUAGUCUACCGAGCGGUAACCUCCUCGCUCGCAGACAAGAACUAUGAAAUGUGGCUAGAUAUGUUCAAGAGCUACGGGAAGGGCAGAUGGACCCUCGAAGCAGGAUCCAGCUACACACGGAUAGUAUUUACCGCCGAUCCAGAGAACAUCAAGGCGAUUCUGGCGACUCAGUUCAAAGAUUUUGGGAAAGGAGAAAGGUUCAACAGGGAGUGGCAUGAUUUCUUGGGUGAUAGCAUCUUCACGACCGACGGGGACAAAUGGCACGACUCGCGCAUGUUGAUCCGUCCCCAGUUCAUCAAGGAUCGGCUGAGCGAUAUUGACGUUUUCGAGAAGCACUUCAAUGUACUCGCGGAUAAGUUGGGGGGACAGGGACAGGAGGUUGACCUUGCGAACUUGUAUUUCAGGUACACUCUCGAUGCUGCUACGGACUUCCUCCUCGGACGAAGCGUAGAUAGCCUUCAUGAUCCUGCAGUCGAGUUCGCGCACGCCUUCGGCAGGGCUCAGCACAUUCAGGGCUUGAUUACUAGGAUAGGACCCCUUAAUUGGCUCGUCCCGCGCAAACGUAUGGGCUUCUACGAAUCUAUCAAGAAAGUCGACGUUUUCAUCAACACUUACAUCGAAGACGCUCUUCGAUUGUCUCCCGACGAGCUCGAGAAGAAGUCAAAGUCCGACGAAGGCUACACCUUUUUGCACGCCAUUGCAGGCUACACUAGGGACCGAAAGAUUCUGAGAGAUCAGCUCGCCGCGGUUCUCCUGGCUGGACGAGAUACCACGGCCUGCACGCUUACCUGGCUAACCUACCAGCUAUCAAUGCAUCCUUACAUACUUGCCAAGUUGAGGCAGGAGAUCGUCGACGUUGUCGGCUUGGACAGGCGGCCAACCUACGACGACCUGAAGUCAAUGAAAUACCUGCAGCACAUCAUGAAUGAAACCCUCCGUCUCUAUCCUGUAGUGCCCUAUAACGUCCGAGACGCUUUACACGACACCACCCUCCCCCGUGGCGGCGGCCCAGACGGCAUGUCCCCCGUCAGCGUCCUGGCCGGGACUCCGAUCGGAUACUCUACGCUCGUGAUGCAGCGCAGGGAGGACCUGUAUCCACCGCCCGAGUCUGGGUUCCCGCCUGUCGAUAAGUUCGUGCCAGAGCGUUGGGACGGAUGGACGCCGAAGAGUUGGACCUAUAUCCCCUUCAACGGCGGCCCCCGCAUCUGCAUCGGCCAGCAGUUCGCGCUGACCGAGAUGGCGUAUACCGUUACGCGGCUUUUCCAGCGGUUUGGGAGUGUGGAGAAUAAGAUGGGUGGGGAGGAUCCGGGGAUGCAUUGCGAUAUUGUGCUGCAGCCGGCGAAGGUGGUGAAGGUGGCUUUUUGGGAUGCGAAGAGGGGAUGAAGAGGAGACACUAUUUUUGGAAAUGAGCAUGAAGACGCUAUCCCCGGCUCCAGGUAGUUUGUUGCCCCGCCUUUCUCUUCUGUUUCUUUCUGAGCGCUCUUAAAUGAGGGUGUAUUUCAUAUCUUGAGAGAUCUGAUCACGCGCUCUAUUUUUGUAGUCUGGUCUGCGAUGCUCGAAGUUAGGUCCUUAGAAAAAGCCACCUGUCAGUAAGCAAACAUGAGAAAGCGCUCACGGUCACAGGAAAUAAUACUCUGAUCUGAAAUGUUGAGCAAUAAGAUGCGAAAAAC